CUUCGGAAAAUGCCUUGGCCGUUCGGAGUUUGAUCCGGAGAGGAUCCCCGCCCGCGUCCGCGGCUCGCCCGCCGGCUCCGGCCCGGUGUUUUCUCCCCCGGGGAGGCGUGAGGCGGCCCCGCGGAUACAGACCCAUGUGUGUGCCCGCGCGUGUGUGCGCGCGUGAAAAUUGCCGAGAAGGGGAAAAAAUCACAGGACUUCUGCAAAUACCGACUGAGAAAUGGUAAUUCAUCCGCCGCCGCCGCUGCCUUCCGUUUGCUCGUGCUCUUGAGAUCUCCGGUUGGGAUUCCUACAGAUUGACAUUUCUGUGAAGAAGUCUAGGAAUCAAACUGGAAAUUCUCCUAAUUUUUUGCACCCCCCUCCCCCAGCUCCUGAUUCAUUUGGAAGUUUUCAGAGCAGCUCUAACUGGAGAGUUCUGAAGAUUGAUGGAAUCUUUUUGCCUUUUCAUUCGCUUUCACAAAAAAGGAAACUUCACAGAGGACCAUGCUGUCCUUGAAAAAUACCAGUAAGUUCUUUGCACAGGAAAUUGGUUCAAUGUAACUGUCAGUGGGAACCUUUGCGAUUUUCACUUUAAGUGCAUUGGAGUAAGUUUAAUUUCCAGGCAGUGUAAUAUAUUCUUCUCAGCGUGUGACUUGUAGUGUGUGUGUGCCCUGCUUUCAACCAGCCUACAGAGGGAAACGCACCUGAUUUUGACUGAUUAGUUUUUUUAACCUUUCAGCAUCACGGAGGAGGUGGACUGAUAUUAACAGUAAUUAAUAAUGUGCCUCAUGAAAUAAAGAUCCGAAAGGGAUUUAAGUAAAAAUUUCCAGGAUCUCAUGCCAAGGGGGAAACACCAGAAUCAAGUGUUCCGCGUGAUUGAAGACACCCCCUCUUCCAGGAAUGCAAAGCACAUCCAAUGAAAUAGCUGGAUUGUAACUCUUCUCCCCAUUUGCGGGGCCGUGGGGCGGGCAGCGGGGGCCGAGAGGGGCUGUGGGGACCCGGCUGCCCUUCCGCGGCGGAAGGAUGGCGCACGCGGGGGGCGCAGGCUACGAUAACCGCGAGAUCGUGAUGAAGUACAUCCACUACAAGCUGUCGCAGCGGGGCUACGAGUGGGAUGCCGGGGCCGCGGGCGCCGCGCCCCCCGGGGCCGCCCCCGCGCCGGGCGUCCUGUCCUCCCAGCCGGGCCGCGCGCCCGCGCCCUCCAGGACCUCCCCGCCGCCGCCCCCGGCCGCCGCCGCCGGGCCUGCGCCCAGCCCGGUGCCACCUGUGGUCCACCUGACCCUGCGCCAGGCCGGCGAUGACUUCUCUCGGCGCUACCGCCGCGACUUCGCCGAGAUGUCCAGCCAGCUGCACCUGACGCCCUUCACCGCGAGGGGACGCUUCGCCACGGUGGUGGAGGAGCUCUUCAGGGACGGGGUGAACUGGGGGCGCAUCGUGGCCUUCUUUGAGUUCGGAGGGGUCAUGUGUGUGGAGAGCGUCAACCGGGAGAUGUCGCCCCUGGUGGACAGCAUCGCCCUGUGGAUGACCGAGUACCUGAACCGGCACCUGCACGCCUGGAUCCAGGACAACGGAGGCUGGGACGCCUUUGUGGAGCUGUACGGCCCUAGCAUGCGGCCCCUGUUUGAUUUCUCCUGGCUGUCUCUGAAGGCACUGCUCAGUCUGGCCCUGGUGGGCGCUUGCAUCACCCUGGGUGCCUAUCUGGGCCAUAAGUGAAGUCCACAGGCCUGCCGCCAACAAAUAUGCAAAAGGUUCGUGAAAGCAGUAGAAAUAAUCCGCAUUGUCACUGCUGCACCACUGAAGCGAAGCUGUAGUCUCUUAAAAAGGAAAAAAAAACAAGCAACCAACCACCACCACCACCACCACAAACAGCUUUCAGGCUCAACAUUGAAUCAGCUACUUACUGCCAAAGGAAAAUGCAAUUUAUUUUUUACAUUAUUGAGAAAAGUAAGAUUUAUUUAUUUAACACAGUCCUGUUGAAUCUCCUGUCUUUGGAAACCCCGCCACGAAUUACUAAGCCCCACCUGGAUGGCUCUACCUGGCUCUCUUGUGCCUGUAAACACAGAUUUUUGUUCCAUACUGUUGGCUGGAGUGACUCAACCAGCUGAAGAGCAAACAAAGUGACAAAGGGUCUGACUGUUCCAGAAGCCGGGUUUCCGGCUGUUGGAGCUUAGGCAGAAGGUGUUCAUUUGCUUUUUGUGUGUGUGCGUGUGGGGGUGGUGCCUGGAGGUUGUGUUCUCAGAGGGAAGGUGCUCGGAGGCGAGGCCUGCCUUCCCGGCCUGAAGAAGGGGCACCGCGCAUAUGGCCCGCACCAGGCUGCAAGAAGACACAAGCGGCAACUCGCACUAGCACGAACGCCCAUGCUCGCUAAACCUGCAGGCCUCCAGCGUCUCCACUGCUUCUGCCCUCUCAUCUCUCCCGCUAGCACUGACUGCUCCCUAAGACACUCUACAUACAUGUAAGUUCUGUUUACUGUCUGUCCCAAUGACUGGACCAAACACGUUUGAGCUUUCGGUCUAUUUGGACUUCGUAUUUGCCAAGACCUCCACCCCAAAGGACCGUGACGGGAAAAAUGCCCUUACACCAUAGGAAAGUAUUUUUUUAAGCUACCGAUUGUGCCGAGAAGCAUUUUAGCAAUUCACACAAUAUCAUCCAGUACCUUAAGCCCUCAUGUGCUUCUUCACGUACUUUGGACUCGCUCCCCCUCCAAACCCUGGCCUGGCUCUGUCUGCCUAGGAUGCGGAAUCCUCGGGCCGCCGAGGACGCGGGCCUGUUCGGCGCCGUCUCCGGCACCAGGCGCCCCGAGCGCCGGCUGCUCCGCCUCGGCGGGCCUGAGGCCUCGUCCUGGCGCCCGGCCU